AUGCACAUCGUUGAUCGUCUGCAUGCUUCCUCCUGGCAGAUCAGAGAGACGAAUUUGCGGCUUGCACUUGGUAUAGGAAUCAUGUUUUUUUAUUUAUUGAUCGGGGCAGUAGUGUUUGUCCAGAUUGAAGGACCAGCUGAAGCUGACGAUUUUGCCACCUACGAGCUGUUGAGGCGCUACUGGAACAAACGACUUAUCAAUGCGACACAGCUUACUGAAGCUGAAAUAGAUGAACUGUUCGCAGAUAUACGAAGUAUGGCUCUGAAAGGCGUAUGGAAGGAAAAGAAUAUGACGUCUGAUUAUAGCUGGACAUUUGGUCAAGCAUUCUUUUUUUCUGGCGCUCUUAUCAGCACAGUUGGUAGGCGAGUAAUUUAUUAAAA